AUGUCUGAAAAUAAUAAUGUUCGCUUGAGGCAAAAUGGACAGGCUGAGAGCGGAAUACCGAUUCAAGAAGAGUUGGACGACAAAAAGAAGGCAAGCCUUGUUAUUUUAUUCUCUUUAAAGGAAUUUCUACUUAUAUCAUUGAAAUUACAGGAAGUAAUUAUCAAAAAACGAGAAAACACACUCAAUGGAAUUUCAGCAUUUGUCUUGGCAGGAUUAACUCUAUUAUCAUUUGCAACUCGUUUUUAUAGAAUUGAUCAUCCAGCUCAAGUUGUCUUUGAUGAGGUUCACUUUGGCAAAUUUGCAAGUUAUUACCUUAAAAGAACUUAUUUUUUUGAUGUUCAUCCUCCACUUGCAAAAAUGAUGCUUGCUGGAAUGGGAUAUAUUCUUGGUUAUGACGGCCAUUUUGAAUUUGAUAAUAUCGGAGAUGAUUACAUAAAAAACAAUGUACCUUAUGUUGGUUUGAGAGCUUUACCUGCCGGUUUAGGCGCACUUUUUGUUCCUUUAACAUAUAUGAUUAUGAUAGAAUCCGGAUAUCCUAUAAUUACCGCGACUUUUGCUGCCUCUUUGGUAUUAUUUGAUAAUGCUUUUAUUUGUCAAACGCGUCUUAUCCUUCUUGAUUCUAUGCUUGUAUUUUUCAUGCUUUGCACUUUUUAUUCUUAUAUCAGAUUCUAUAAACUUCGAUCAAGGGAAUUUUCUAAUGAAUGGUGGCUAUGGUUGGUCGCAUCUGGAGUUUUCCUUGGGUUAACUGCAAGUGUUAAAAUGGUGGGAUUGUUUACGGUCAUGACUAUUGGAGUUGCUGUUCUUAUUGAUUUAUGGAAUUUAUUAGACAUAGAACGUGGGUUGACAAUGAUUCAAUUUAGGAAACAUUUUGCUGCACGUGCUAUUGGAUUAAUUGUUGUGCCAAUUUCAGUUUAUUUGUUUUGGUUCUAUAUUCACUUUCUCAUAUUGAACACAAGUGGUCCUGGCGACGCGUUUAUGAGUCCUGCUUUUCAGGAAACUUUGCAUGGAAAUAUAAUGAAUUUGCAAAGUUUUGAGAUAAGGUAUAAUGAUACAAUAACUUUAAAACAUAAGGAUACUUCGGUAUUCUUACAUUCUCAUCUUGAACGUUAUCCACUUAGAUAUGAAGAUGGACGAAUCAGUAGUCAAGGACAACAAGUGACAGGAUAUCCACACGAAGACAGUAACAAUCACUGGAGGGUUAAACCAGCAGAAAAUUUUUUUAACGUUUCAAGACCAGAGAAUGAUACGGUUAAACAUGGAGAUUACAUAUUACUUGAACAUAUUAAUACGAGCUCAAAUCUAUUAACACAUGAUGUAGCUUCACCACUUAUGCCAACUAACCAGGAAGUUACUACAUUGCCAACAGAUGAUAAGUCGCGUUAUAAUGAAACAGUGUUUCAAGUUUUAAUUAAUGAUGGAGAUUCUGAAACUAUAUUGAAGACCAAAUCAUGUUAUAUUCGUUUAAUUCAUUACGAAACUAAAGUAGCUUUGUGGACACACGAGUUAACUUUACCUGAAUGGGCCUUUAAGCAACAAGAAGUUAAUGGUAAUAAAAAUAAUGCCGAGAAAAGCAACUUUUGGUAUGCAAAUGAAAUUGUUGUAACAGAUCCUUUAGAGCCGAAGAAACCAACGAGAAAAAUACCAUUUUUAUUAAAAUAUUUAGAAUUACAAAGAUUAAUGAUAAGCCAUAAUUCUGGACUAACAAAAUCACAUCCAUAUUCAAGUGGACCAAUUAAUUGGGCAUUUUUAAUACGUGGUAUAUCAUUUUGGACAGACAAUGACAACAAACAACAAAUCUAUUUAUUGGGAAAUCCUUUUACAUGGUGGUUAGCUGUUGCUUCAAUGGCUGUACUUGUCGGAGUUUUAUUGGCCGAUGUAAUUUCAAGACGUCGUGGUGUUCAUCCUAUAAUGGAUCCCGUGAGAAAUCGAUUAUAUAAUUCAGGAUGUUUCUUCUUCUUAGCAUGGGUUUUCCAUUAUUUACCAUUUUAUUUAAUGGGUAGAUCAUUAUUUUUACAUCAUUAUUUACCAGCAUUAUUAUGUAGUUAUAUUGUAACAUCGGUCGUAUUUAAUUUCAUGUUUAUAAAAUUAAUUAAUUAUCCAGUAUCUGUAGUUGGUGGCAGUAUGUCAAAUAAUAGACCUAAAGUUAUUUAUCCAAUUUUAAAAGCAGGCGUCAAUUAUAUAUCAAUCGUAGCUUGCGUAAUAUUAAUUAGCAUAUCAUUUGGUGUUUAUUUAUAUUAUACACCUUUAACUUAUGGUACGCCUGGACUUGAUCCACUCGGUGUACAUAAUCGAAGAUGGUUAAGUACUUGGGAUUUACAUUUUCAGCCAAAGAAAGAUGAAAUAUAA